UUUCCAAGUCUUGCGGCUCCGUCGAGUUUCCAUCCAGCCGCCGAUUCCCGACAAAAACAACAACAUACUCGUUUAGUCCUGUUUUUGUUUAUGUGGCUGAGUUUAUUUUCCCUCCUUGUUGCUUCGUUUUGUCAUGGCGCACAAACAGAUCUACUAUUCUGAUAAAUACAACGACGACCAGUACGAGUACAGGCAUGUUGUUUUGCCGCGAGAGCUGGCCAAGCAAGUGCCCAAGUCUCACCUGAUGUCUGAGGACGAGUGGAGAAGGCUGGGAGUGCAGCAGUCUCUUGGAUGGGUGCAUUAUAUGAUUCACGAACCUGAGCCUCACAUCCUGUUGUUUAGAAGGCCUCUUCCAAAACAAUGAUGUCUGUGGCUCUCAGAUCUUCUGGAACCUUCCCGUGGAUUAUUCUGGUAUUCAGUGAAUACUUUCAACCUUUACUAAGUUUACGACUUCCUGUGCAUGAGCUGGAUUUUUCUCAGCGACUGCGCUCAGUCAGAAAAUGAAGACAAUGCAUCGUGUUUCGGCGUGGAACUUAAAAAGGGGCUUUUAAACGAGCAAAUCAUGUCUACUCUCUGACCAAAGUGCCUAAUUAUGACUACUUAAAAUCAUCAGGAGUGUUAAGUAUGUUUGUUUUUUUUUUGCUGCAUCUUUAGCAUUGAUCUUUAAAAAAAAUCUGUUUUGUUGUCUUUUUUUUUUUUUUUUUUUUAAAUAAUAAAAACUUUGUAAAUUAAUGACCUGCAAUUCAAGCACUGACUUGUCUGGAUGGGGUGCACAUUGGCCAAGCUGGGAAUGAUGCUUCUGGGAAGGCACCCAAAGACACCUUUAGAGUAAAUGUCUAAAUCCAGCUCAGGAGAGCACCUGCACAUGUUUUUGCCUGAUUCAGAUUGGACUUGAUGUAUCUAGUGAGUUGAAUUAGGUGUUGCAGUGCAGUUCAAUCCUGUAUCUUCUCAAUGUUGGAGAAUAUCUGCUUUAUAGUGCUUUUACACCUGAUUGAACUCAUCUGUGAAACAUUAAGCCCCUUUUGAAGUUCAGUCAGGUGAAUUGGAUUAAGAAAUGCACUUCAAUGCAGGAGAGACCACUGGUGGAACCUAAAACCACAUAACUAGAGUAUAGUAUGUUUUAACAUUUAUGGGGGGGAAAAUAUAAAAGGUUGCAAGGGAGCCCAUGAGCACCCCUGAGGACUGCCACGGGUACUGCUGUGUGUUUUGGUUUAAAAAAUUGGGAAUGUUUGGGAAAGGCUUGUGUACAAAAAGAUAAUCAUGCAUGAUCACCAAAUUAAGGACCAGUGUUUUGACAUGGACGUACCUUGUGGUGCAGAAAUGGUAUUCAUUUUAAAAUAAUGUUUACUCUGUAAGGAACUGAAUUGUGGCUGUAUUCUGGAAAUGACCAAAUUCAAAAUACCAAAUCAUUUUCAUGUUAUCAGUCCAGCUUGUGUACAAUUUAAUAAACACCUUUUUCAUAUUGAA